UCAGAUUUAGUUUUGCGUCUUUAAACUGGAGAUUGGGCAGUGCCUUGGUACCUUGAGUGUCGCAAUCGAAGCAGGUUAGUGAUCAAAGAGCACCGAGAUGCACAAGAUCCACGUGAAGAACAAGAGCCAAGUAGAAACGACAGAAUACUUCGACGGAAGAUACCAGGCAGGUAACAAGGACGACUACUUGGACCAGAUAGCGAACAGCAGCACACUCUAUGUAGGCAACCUCUCCUUCUUCACUUUUGAGGAACAGAUUUACGAAUUGUUCUCUCGGGCGGGAGACGUUAGACGAGUGAUCAUGGGUCUGGACAGGGUGACGAAGACACCGUGUGGAUUCUGUUUUGUGGAGUACUAUACACGAGAUGACGCCCUGAAUGCAAUGCGAUAUGUGAAUGGAACUCGCUUGGACGACAGAAUUAUCCGAACAGACUGGGACGCUGGCUUCAAAGAGGGCCGGCAGUUCGGAAGAGGUCGAACAGGGGGCCAAGUAAGAGACGAGGUCAGAGUUAACUUCGAUGUGGGAAGAGGAGGAUAUGGAAAGGAAAUGCAGAAACAGAUGAAGCAACAUGUCCGCUCCUUCUGAAGCUAACCUGUCCUAAUUUCAAACCAGUCUAAAACAACUAAUUAUGCUGAUUUAUGAUGAUGUCUUUUUUUGAAAUCUGGUUUGAGAUGAGCUGAGUAAAAGUAUAAUUUGCGAGAAUGUUUUCUCAGAUUC